AAAAUGGCGGAUACAUUCGUCUGCUAUUCAAGAUUUAUUUUUGCAUUAUAAAUUCUUAAAAAAAAUCUAUUUCAGUAUAUAGUAUUUUCUAAAAAACAUGUAUUUUCAUCUUUGUUGCUUUACGCGUUUUUAAAACUCGUUUUAAAACAAUUGGAUACAUUCGUACGAAAAAUAACUUCAAAGACGGACUGUUAAUAUAAAAUUAAUUAACCUACUGUUUAUCUAAAUAUAUUUCGUGAAAUACUAAAUGCGAUAUAUCGUGAAAUACUAAAUUUUCAUAGAAAAAUUAUGGUUUCUCUAAUGGAAAUUUGACCGUUUUGCAAAAAUGGAAGAAAGUAAAUUUCAUAUGGUUUUAAAGUGAACAAAAAAAAAUAUAUGAAGUGAUUGUGAAUGUAUGCUGUGUAUAGUUUUUAUUUUUACAAUUUCAUUUUCAAAAUUUCAUUAAAAAAAAAAAAACAAAGGAGGGUGGUGAGCUGCCAACGAUCAAAAAAGACAACAUAACAGCCGUCGGCCUGUCACAGCCCGGACAAAGAGGAUAGGACGAAAGCAACAUACAAAUUGUAAAAAACGAAAACAACCAAAACAAAAAUAUCGCUGAGCAACUACGAUCCAUGAAUUUGAAGUUUCAAUAAUUCUGCCCGAAUGCUCAAUUUAUCAUAACCGCUUUCUGCACUGCCUGUAAACAUCAACAGUACUAACUUAAUUAUUGUAGUGACAAUGUCUUCGACUUUUGAGACUUAUGGUUCAGCACAAGCCGCCAUUGUGAAAGAAGGUUGGCUAUAUAAACGCGGUGAACACAUUAAAACAUGGCGCGCCCGAUACUUUGUCCUACGAGAUGAUGGCACUUUAAUGGGUUAUCGGAACAAACCGGAAAACACAACACCGUCAGAAAGAUUGAAUAACUUCACAGUAAAAGGAUGCCAAAUAAUGACAGUUGAUAGACCAAAGCCAUACACGUUCAUUAUACGUGGUCUGCAAUGGACCACUGUGAUUGAGAGAACUUUCCAUGUGGAAAAAGAGAGUGACCGCCAGGAGUGGACGGAUGCAAUCAGAACGGUGGCUAGUCGCUUGAGUGAAAUGGGUGAAACUGCGAUGUCUCCAUCUACUUCUGAAGAUAUGACAGAUGUUGAUAUGGCUUCCAUAGCCGAAGUAGAAUUGUCAGAGAAAUUUUCUGUUCAAGGCACAUCUACAGGAAAAAUAAGUGGGAAAAAAAAAGUUACACUGGAAAAUUUCGAGUUCUUGAAAGUACUUGGCAAAGGUACAUUCGGAAAAGUAAUUCUAUGUCGUGAAAAGUCUACAGCAAAACUAUAUGCUAUUAAAAUUCUCAAAAAAGAAGUCAUUAUACAAAAAGAUGAAGUGGCACACACUCUUACCGAAAGCAGAGUCCUUCAAACAACAAAUCAUCCAUUUUUAAUUUCACUAAAAUAUUCGUUUCAAACCAAUGAUCGCCUCUGCUUCGUAAUGCAGUACGUUAACGGUGGUGAACUCUUCUUUCAUCUAAGUCGUGAGCGUGUAUUUACGGAAGAACGAACUCGAUUCUAUGGAGCCGAGAUUAUUUCUGCCUUGGGGUACCUGCAUUCUCAAGGAAUUAUCUAUCGCGACUUGAAGCUAGAAAAUCUUCUAUUGGAUAAAGAUGGCCACAUUAAAAUAGCGGACUUUGGUUUGUGUAAAGAAGACAUCACAUAUGGACGCACGACCAAAACCUUCUGUGGUACUCCAGAAUACUUGGCACCCGAAGUCCUAGAAGACAACGAUUAUGGGCAUGCAGUGGAUUGGUGGGGUACCGGUGUUGUUAUGUAUGAAAUGAUAUGUGGUCGUCUUCCAUUUUACAAUCGUGAUCAUGAUGUUUUGUUUACAUUGAUUUUGUUAGAGGAUGUUCGAUUCCCCAGAACGAUAUCCGAAGAGGCGAAAAGCCUUCUGAGUGGCUUGUUGGCCAAGGAUCCAAAUAGAAGACUUGGAGGUGGCCAAGAUGAUGUGAGAGAGAUACAAGCGCACGCUUUCUUUUCUAGUAUUAAUUGGACUGAUUUAGUACAGAAAAAGAUUCCACCACCGUUCAAGCCUCAAGUCACUUCAGAUACAGAUACAAGAUAUUUUGAUUCCGAGUUCACUGGCGAAAGUGUUGAACUAACGCCACCAGAUCCAACUGGUCCGUUGGGAGCUAUUCAAGAAGAACCUCUUUUCCCACAAUUCAGUUAUCAAGAUAUGGCAUCAACUUUGGGUACAUCGGCUCAUAUCAGCAGUUCAACUGGGCUAACGUCGAUGCAAUAAACUCUGGAAAACUAUAAAUCAAACACACAACCCAAAAGCAAAUAAUGGUAAAAAAGAAAAUAAGAGUUAUAAAUAAAAUUAAAUUAAAAAUUACUAAAAGCUAUAUACAUAUAUUUUAUAUUCUAUAUUUAAUUUAAAAUAAAGAAAGGGUUAAGUCACGCAUUACACUAAGUAAAAGUCGAUCAUAAAUUAUUGUAAAAUUAAUACAAUUUGUGACCAAACAAUAACCUGCUAUUAUUAUACUAAUAUUUUUAAAGUCACAUUGGUCGAGACGCAUCGUUUAAAUAAAAAAUUGUUUUGUUCGUGCAACACGUGCUUUCUGUCAUAUUUUAUAAACUAAACUAAAUAUGUAUGUUUUUUUCUGAUUUCAGUUGAAAAAGUGUUGUCUUUUCUUAGAAUUAUAGAAGAUAAAAAACAUUAUAUUUAAAUAAAGAACACGAUACACCAACAAACAAAAAUAGCACACCUAGACUCCAUAGUUCCGAUAAAAACAUUUUUUGAUAUUUUUUAUAUUUACAUAAAUACAGUUAUACAUAUAAUAACAAUAAUUAUUAAGAAAAUUAAGUUAUAAAAACAUAUAAAAUAAGCAUGUAAUAAAUAUUAAAGUAAACCAUUUACAAUACA